GGCCGCAACUAGUCUGUCCACUUUGACAGUCGGUGAAGGAAGAUGUCGGGGAAAGUGAAGUCGAGAACUGCUGCGAAUGCCGCCGACGCAGCCACUCAGUCCGUCAACGAAAGAAUUCUGAAAGAGUGUCACACCCUAUACAUCGAUCCAGAAAAUGGACUCGUGAAGAUUGCCGAGAGUCUUGGCCUGUCCUUCCUGGCACCAAGGAAGAAGAUAACGGUCCUCCUCAUCGGUAACCAUAGUGCUGGCAAAUCCUCCUUCAUUAACUGGUAUGUGGAAGAACAUGUCCAGAAAACAGGGGUUGCCAUAGAGACGCAAGGAUUCACAUUCAUUACAAGUGGUCGCAAAAGAGAGUCUCUCACGGGCAAUGCCACCCUCCAUCUUUACCCUCACUUUGAUCCUCUGCGGGAGAUUGAAGGAGUCAUCGAUUACCUGACAACAGAAAUCUCCACAUCAAAACAGAAGAAAUUCAGCCUUGUUACAUUUGUGGACACUCCUGGUCUUGUUGAUGGGGACAUGAAGUACCCCUUCGAUGUGAACAAGUCCAUCCUCUGGUUAGGUGACCUGGCAGAUCUGAUCUUUGUGUUCUUCGACCCAAUUGGUCAGGCUCUAUGCAAGCGAACUCUGAACAUCGUGGAGAAGCUGAAUGAGAAACAUGCAGACAGGAUGAAGUUCUACCUCAGCAAGGCUGACGAUGCUGGACACGAGAGUGACAGACAGCGCGUGAUGAUGCAGAUCGUCCAGGAGCUGUGUAAGCGGCCAGGUCUGAACCGCACUGGCUUCGAUAUGCCCACCAUCUACAUCCCCUCCUUGAACCAGAAGACUAGUCGUUGUGCCAACCAGAUCGAGGAAGUGUGUAAGGAGGUUGAGAAGACCAUCAACCAGACCAUACAGAACACACUCAACGCUCUGGAGAGAGACUGUGACCAAAUAGCUAAGAUUGUGGAGGAAAAGCUCCAAGACGACAGUGUGAAGAGGUCAGAUAACAUGCGAGCGAGGGUGCGAGGAUUCUGCUUCAGUCUCUUUGGGAUGUUGAUGCCUCUGUUGCUGCUGGCGACGUUCCUCAUCAGCACCUCACCGAAGACCCUCAGUCAGUUCCUGGGGGAGAGCCUUGUUGUCACCAUGGCAACAUAUCUGGGCCCCCUGUCUCAGCUGUGGAAGUCUGUCCCCAAGGAUUACACCAACUACGUCAUCAUCGGGAUCCUGGCGCUGGCACUGUUACUGCUGCUGCUGGCCAAGUUCUCCUCCAGGACCAAGACGACUCUUAGUAGGAAGCAGAAGAGAAAUCUUCUGGAGAUCCGAGAGUAUGUACAGAGCACCGUCAAAUCCAAGAAGCAAACACUAUACCAGGAGUACCUACACCAGAGUGUGGCCGACCACGACAUGUAGCAACUGCCGUCACGCCACCAUCAGCGCACCGUGCCAUACAUCUCAUACACGUCAACACGCUGUUGUCACCUUCCGACAUUUCAUCUUGCAGAGGAGGCUCUGUAUCGCUCUGUAUCGCUCAGCUCAAACAUUCACCUUCCAUCUUAGUGUAGCCUGUGUGAGAAAUUCAACGUGAAUGUGCAGUAGGGAAAUUAUUGGAUUGCCACAAAUGAUCGUGAUGCUUCAGUGAAUCUUCAGAUUCCUUCUGUCGUAUUUUCGUUUUAUCGAAAUAUUUUUACAGAUGUAUUUUGCUACUGGUGAUACAGUAUUACGUACAACUGACAUCGAAUAUCAGUGUGUCUGUACAAAUGUUGUCUCACAACCAAAGUUCAUAUAUAAUACCACCACAAGAAUUGUUGUUCUUCCAUCCUUGAUGCUCUCGCAGUGUCUAAGCUUAAUACAAUACUUCCCACGUCAAUACCAGCCCCUAUUCUACAAAGAGAUCUCAGUUAUGUCUGUAAUCAGUGUGUUAAACUAUUGUGAUAUAGAUUACAAUUGACAAAAGAAGGGACUUAGGGUGUGUUGUGCUUGAAGCAUUUAAUGUCUUCAGUCCCACUUUACAGUACACGCUGAAGACCCGGUUCGAUUCCCCACAUGGGUACAAUGUGUGAAGCCCAUUUCUGGUGUCCACCGCCAUGAUGUUGCUGAAAGCCUCCUAUAAUGUAACUCACUCACUCACUCAUUCAAUACUACCGGACUAUUUCAGAAUGCAUUGUUUAACAUACAGUCAGUUAGGAGUCUUUGGACACUGUUCGAAAUGAGGCCUGGCAUAACUGAUAAGGCCUAGCAACGAGAUCUGAGUAGUACAACCCACAGGGUUAUCCAAGGAAUAACUGUUUACAAAUUAUCUCAGGAAAAAGAUGUACUUACUGAAAUCUUGAAUGAAAUUUGAAUAUAUUAAUUAUGGUUGUUCUGAAGAAAUAUUGUGAAGAUUUUCCACAUGAAAUCUGUUCCCCAUCUUAUAAUCUUGAAAAAAUAUCUUUAAGAUAUUGUGUAUUUUUCAGUGACGUCCUAUGUAUUUGUACAUCUUGACAAGGGUUGGAAAUGACGUCCAGACCCCUUUCAUUAUGUCUUUUGUAAAGAGUACUUAAUGAUGGUAUUUUAUGGUGAGAAAGUGUUCAUAUUAAUCAUAGUAUUUUGUGAUACAUAUUGUUCCAAGACUGAUUCCUGAAAGCAUUACUAGAUUAAUAACUGUAUGGAUGUGUUGCUGUAUCAGUGUGGCCUUAUUGCCCUGUAACACUGUGUCCUGUGUGCCAUGCUCUGUACGUCACGUCUCCGAGGAUAUGAUCCUACACAUCCAGCCAUUUCCUUCUACCCUUUUUAUUAUUACCACAAUCAUUAUACAGGCCAA